GUGGUUGGGUGACGCCCCGGGAAAGCGCUCCCCACCGCGCGCGGGCGGCGCCACCGCGCCCGACGCCUCCGGGGGAGGGGACUUCCCGGGAGCCGCCGGCGGAGGCCAGGAGCAGCGCAGCGCAGCGCGGCGGGCGGGCGGGCCGAGCGGCGACGGGCUGCCGGCGGGCGGGAGACAUGGAUCGCGGCGAGCAAGGUCUGCUGAGAACAGACCCAGUACCCGAGGAAGGAGAAGAUGUUGCUGCCACGAUCAGUGCCACCGAGACCCUAUCAGAGGAGGAAAGAGAAGAGCUAAGAAGAGAACUUGCAAAGGUAGAAGAAGAAAUCCAGACUCUGUCUCAAGUGUUAGCAGCAAAAGAGAAGCACCUAACAGAGAUCAAGCGGAAACUUGGGAUCAAUUCACUACAGGAGAUAAAGCAGAACCUUGCCAAAGGGUGGCAAGAUGUGACCGCCACGUCUGCGUACAAGAAGACCUCUGAAACCUUAUCUCAGGCUGGACAGAAGGCUUCAGCUGCCUUUUCAUCUGUUGGAUCCGUCAUUACCAAAAAGCUGGAAGACGUAAAAAACUCCCCAACUUUCAAGUCAUUUGAGGAAAAGGUCGAAAACUUAAAGUCUAAAGUAGGGGGAACCAAGCCUGCUGGCGGUGAUUUUGGAGAAGUCUUGAAUUCAACUGCAAACGCUAGUGCCACCACCACGGAGCCUCUUCCAGAACAGACCCAGGAGAGCCCGUGAGAUUCCUACCUUUGUUCUGCUACUCACUGCCAGAUGCUGCAAGCAAGAUCCAAGCACAUCUUGUCAACAUUCAUUGCCAUGAAUUUCCACCAGAUGUGCUUUUGUUGAGCUUUACAUAUUCCUUUGACCAAAUAGUUUGUGGGUUGAACAGCGUAAAAGUAUCUUCACCUCUGUUCCUGGGAAACACCCUUUAAUGUGCAUUUCAGGCCCUUUGUUUAAGAAAUAUCAUUAUAAAAACACAUAUAGUACCUGGGGACCCUCACUAGAAUGAUCUAAGAAGCUGUGGGUUAUCAUCAUUGCUUUCCUACUUUACAAAAUUGCUCUGAAUUUGGGAUACCCGUUUGAUCUUUGUCUUCUAUCCAGUUGUCUUUUUUCCUCUUUGAAUCUCUGUGUGUUUGAUUCCUAGAUAAGAUUGUUCUCUCAAAUCUUCUGUAUCCUGGUUAUUAAAAGUUUUGGCAAAAUGUUCUUUACCUCCAAGGGAAGAACUACCAGCUACAAAAAAUAUUUUCGAAUAAAUAUUGUUUUGGUAUAAGGUAUCUUAUAUCUUGGCUGUUUGAACACACCAGACUAAAUAAAUCUGUUCUGUAUUCAAUUUGUUAUAGUUUUGUAAGUGACAGCAUGUACAGUAAUUCAAAAUCCUAGGUGACUCAACAGCGGAGCCCUCACAUCCUUGUUUAUUACCAUCUGUGACAGUAACCAUUUCAGUGUCAUCGUUAUUAUGCCAUUUAUAGCUACUUAUUUUUCAGCUGAUUAAAAUUUUAGUUUUGGAGUAAAUUGUAAGAUAACGUUCUGAAUCAAGCAUAUUGAAUUAUCAGUGGGUUGAAAUAUGAACACUCGCCUCAAACAUUCAGUUCAAAAGCCUGAAAGUUUUAGAUCUAAGUAGCUGAAAAGUGCUAAAAUCAAUCACAUUAGGGGAAACAUUGUUGUCUUCAUUUAAUUCAUUUAGCAGCAUUUAAAAUAAGAAGCACACCAAGUUAUAAGACUAAUAUAACUUGAAAAAUUUUUAUACUAAGGGGUUGGUGAUAACUCCUGAGGAUUUAAUGCAUUAAUAAAAAUCGACUCAUCAUUUUCUCCUUAUUUGUUUUCAGUGUGUUAUAAAUUACAAAAUGAUACUGUAGACAUUGCCCCCUGCUUUGAAAACUGAGGGUCAGGGAUGAAUGAACCAAAGCCCCUGCAAGUAUCUGCAUGGAGGCCAAGGUACUCUAUUAAUUCUAAUAGCUACUUACUCAUCACCACUAUCUUUUCCUUAUGCUGUGUAUGGUUAUGGCCUACAAUGUUGUAUUUGUUAUUUAUCAAGUUGUGAUUGUUGUAGUAUUGUUUAUGCCAAAUGUUAAUUGCCAAGCUUGGAGUGACCUAAAGCAUUUUUUAAAAGCAUGACUAGAUUUCCUUUGGGAUAAAUUACCUUAUGAAAACCAAAUCUGAAAAGCUACAAGUGUUGAUUGAUUGUUAUAAAAUAACAUGCUGUCAUUCUUGAUUGCUGGAGCUCUUGUUAGCACUUCAGAUGCAACUGAAACUAUGCUCUAUUACAUGUGAAAAGCUUAAUAAAUUCUAUAUAUCAGUA